GGUGGUGGACAGAGACAUCCUGCACUCCCCUGAGGAGGUUCGUAGGAACACAUUAAUAAAGGAUGGUAUGAGGGAGCAGGUCAUCCCCAGCCUGGUUGAGUCCUGGUACCAGAUCCUCGGGGCCUAUCAGCAGUCUCACCCUGAGAUCACUUGUCAAUGUCUGGAGGUAGUGGGGGCAUACGUCUCCUGGAUAGACCUCAACCUCAUCGCCAACGACAGGUUUGUGAACCUGCUGCUGAGUCAGAUGUCUGUGGAGGACCUGAGAGAGGAGGCGUGUGACUGUCUGUUUGAGAUUGUCAAUAAAGGAAUGGACCCGACAGACAAGACCAAGCUGGUGGAGUCCUCUGAGGAGGAUGUGGACUUCCUGGCUAAGUUCUCCAGGCUGGUGAACGGGAUGGGCCAGUCUCUGGUUCUGAGCUGGACCAAACUGGCCAAGGGGGGCGACGUGAAGGCAGCCGCCGAGGCGCUGCGUGCCCUCGAGACAAAGGUCCCUCUGCUCCUCCAGCUGCUGGUCCACGACGACGACGACAUCUCAGCCAACAUCGUAGGCUUCUGCUACGACUACCUGAACAUACUCAAACAG